AUGCAAUUUCUUGCCUCAACCAUCUUCGUCACCCUCCUCGGGGUUGUCACCGCCUUUCCAGACCUCACUCCUCGCCAGAACCUCAAGAAUGGGAUUCUCAUCUGCCCCAACGCAGAGGGAACCUUCGCUGACCCGAAGAGCUCCAUGGGCACGGUUUGCACCCGCACUUACAAGUGCCAAUCUGGCAGUGAUGGCAUCAAGAGCGGCAAUAUCUGGACCAACUCUUGCAUUGGCUGCCCUCCUGACCAGAACGUCAACUCUUUCGGCAACUGCGUUUUUCAGUAUGUCUAG